UGGCAGAUUUUCAAAAUAUCAAUUUAACCUUGGUCAUUACGUAGUAAAUUUAAUGAUGAAUAUGUUAUAAAUAGAUACUCUUUAUGUAAAAUUUAUAAAGUUAGUUCUAUUAUUGGACGGCAUCAUAAUGUAUUUUGCUUACAGCAUACAGUUUCAGUACUGAAUUAUCUGUUUUAUGAAAUUACCAAUCGCAAGUUCAUGAAACUGUCAGUAUUCAUGUGUUUUUGGAAUAUAUAGAGAAAUAAUAAUUUUCCUCAUUGGGUAACAGGACCUAACUGUUCACUAUGCAACUAUAAAUUAAUCACAGCUGCUAAUAGUACCAAACUAAACAUUGUAAGUGAAGUUGAAUUUCAAACCUUGAAAAAUGAAAUUAUAACACCAUGAUCCAUUUUUGAGUUUUCAAAAAAUUAUUCAAAGUCUCUAUCCUGAUUACUACUGCCAUACAUUUGUGUUUUUCAUUCUAUUUCAGCUGGUCAAAAAUAGCUAAUUCUGUGUGUGGCUUCAUUUGUAAAUGUAUUAGUGUGUUAUCACCAUAUUAUUUUUAAAUUUCAUGUAACAAGCCAAGACAAUGUGUUACACUUUUGAUUAUCAGAAAAGAGUAUAGGAAAUAUGUUUAUGUUAAAUUUUCUGUUGCUAGAAUAAAGUUUAUUGUCUAUUCAGAAAUAAAUAAAAAUUCCAUAUAUCAGUUAAUAAAAGUGCUGUGUGACCAUCAUAAUGACACAACAGGCAAUAUCCAGGUUUUGGGAAUGGGGUAGAAAGAUAUUAUGUGUGGGCCGAAAUUAUCGUGAACAUUGCUUAGAGUUGAAAAACCCUUUACCAAAACAGCCAUUGAUCUUCACUAAACCAACAUCAGCAUAUCUCAAAGAAGGCAACAGUAUUGUCAUACCAAAAGGAUGUGAGGAAGUCCACCAUGAAGUUGAACUUGGAAUUGUGAUCGGAAAACCGGGAACAAAAGUAACAGAAAACAAUGCAAUGGAACAUGUUGCUGGCUAUGUACUAGCCCUUGACAUGACAGCAAGAGAUUGGCAAUCAGUUGCUAAAUCAAAAGGCUGGCCAUGGACAAUGGCAAAAGGAUUUGAUACUUCAUGCCCAAUUGGAAACUUUAUUCCUAAAGAAGACUUGAAGGAUCCUCACAAUUUAGAUAUUUGGUUGAAAGUGAAUGGACUUGAAAAACAAAAAGGCAAUACUUCUGAUAUGAUAUUCAAUAUACCUUUUCUCAUUAGCUACAUAAGUCAGCACAUUAGUCUUGAAAGUGGGGAUCUUAUCUUAACUGGCACACCUGAAGGUGUGGGACCUGUACAUGCAAAUGAUGUGAUAGAUUGUGGGCUAGGAGAUGAUUUUACAAUGAGUUUUAAUGUUACUAAAGAUUGAUUCAUUCGAUUGUUAUGCAGUCCACCGAGCAAAAUAUCCUAGCUAACUUUGUGCAAUUGUCUUCUAUCAUUUUCAACUUGAUGCCAAUAUUAUCUAAGAUGCCGAAGCUUUUAAUAAUUUGAAAUUCAAUAUUUUGAGCUAAAAUUCCCUAGUGUUUACUUUACAUUAUUUCAUAUCAAUUAUUCUCUAAUGUUAUCGUUAAUUGUUGUUUUCUAUUCAUCUGCAACUCAAUAGUUAUUAGGACCGUUGUGUUUAGAUUCGUCUAGGUCUAGGCGAACUGUGCACUCAAUUUAAUGAUUACAUUCGCUAAUACAUUGAGUGCAGCAAUAGGUUUGUAAACUGCAAAAUAGGAUGCUAUUUGAUCAUUAAAUUCUAUCAUAAUUA